AUGCCUACUGGAGUUAGAAUUCAACUCGGAUUCUCCUUCAGCACUGAACUCUCAGUUGGACGGACCAUUCACAGCGGUGGUGAGGAUGAAGCCCCCCUAAGGGCAGCUUCAACGGACGCCCAAGCCUCCAACAAUGAGGGAGGAAGCUUUAAUGCAUCGGUUAUACUUUGCACUCGAGAAGAGCCUUCGACAAAGGAGAAUAUUGUCCUAAAGAUGCGGGGUGUAGGCCUGGACAAGAAAGAUAUGUUUGGAAAAUCCGAUCCCUACAUCAUCAUUCUCCGACGGAAUGACCGUGGAAAGUGGGAACAGUGUUACCAAAGUGAAGUUGUAAAGAAGACACUUGCACCAGACUGGAAGCCUCUCCUCAUCUCCCUCGACAGGCUCUGCGAUGGCAACCUUGACAGUGAAAUUUGCUUCCGCUGCUUUGACUGGGACGGAGCGAAUGGCGAAGGAGACACCGUUGAUCCGGACAUCGACGACGUAAUUGGGGAGUUCAUUACCACUGCAAGGUGUCUGCUAACCUGCUCACAAGAGGGAAGAAACUUUGAGUUAAUAAACCGGUCUAAAUUUCGUCGGAAAAAGGUGUACAAUAACUCGGGCAUCGUUAACGUAAAGGUCAGCAUCUCUACCAAUGCUUGCUCAUUUCUGGACUAUAUUCUGAGCGGGACCAGCAUAAACGUUAUUGUUGGGAUUGACUUGUCAUCUCAAAUUCACCAAAGCCACAAUCCAAUGCUCUUUACUGAGGCUAUCUCCAUAGCGAAGUCGGCAGCUGUCAAUAGCGAGUACAUCAUCGCUAUCCAAGCCGUUGUAGAAAUUCUUCAAGAGUAUGACAGCGAUGAACUUUUCCCCGCCUUCGGAUUCGGCACACGAAUCGGUUCAGAUGGCCGAAAGUCUCACCUCGUCCCGCUGACAGGUGAUCUGAAUAAUCCCAAUUGCAAGGGCGUGUCGGGAGUGCUUGCAGCCUACAGUCGCGUGGUCAGUGAAACCUGCGGCUCGGCUCCGCCAAACUUCGCACCUCUCAUCAGGCACGUCAACGAAAUGGCCAAAGGCUCCCAUGACAGCUCAAAGUACUUCGUCCUCCUCAUCCUCACAACCGGAUUUGUGGACGACUGGGUGGAAACACAAAGGGCCGUGAUUGAGGUAGAACUCUCUCAGCUACAGGUGCUUGACCAAGAUUUCGCUUUGCUCAAAGUUGGCUCAGAAGAAGCCUGUCGUGACAAUGUUCAGUAUGUUUUCCACGCUCUUGAGGGCUGGUAUAUGACUGAGAAGACUAUAACAGAGAACAGUGCUUUGUUUGUAGAGAUGAGACGAUUCCUCCGAUUGGCAGCAGACGGUUCGGAGGAGAUUCGAUGGAAUAAGUUGGGACUGGCGAAGGAGGUACUCGCAGAACUUCCAACCCAGCUUUUCCACGAUGCCUUCAUCGUCCCAUUCGAUAUAAGGAUUUCAAAUGAUUCGACUGUCUUAGAGGUGAAGAAAAGCAUUGAAAUCAAAAGUCUGGAACGCAAAAGUUUCUGGAAAAAGUGUGAACAAGAACAACGUCUAGAAGAUGCCCAAAUAUCUUCAGAAUUAUCACCGCGGAAAAGAGUCCCCUACCGCCCAGAGCGCGCAGAUCAACUGGCCGAUUCAGCUUGGUGUCACGCCUACAUGCAGCCUCUUCAUCAUCGACCUUCCACAACCUCCUUGUCUAGCCAAACGAGUUUGGCGCCUCGACACAAACAAAAACUUCGGUUUCAGGAGGAUGUGGAGAAUUUAGAAAAAAAAGAGGAAGUGCAAAACACCGCCUCCAAUUCUCAUCGCUGUUUGUCGAUGUCCAAAACCGCUCCUGCAGAGGUAGCCGAAACUCCACCUCGUCAAACCCGAAAACUCGGUCGGAUGCGACGAGAAGUGUCAUUUGAGGACCCGUCAUUUCGACACCACAGAGUUGUAGGUGGCAACAGGCAGAUCACCUAUGAGUUGAUCGAGGAUCCUGCAGAGGACACUUUGGUGCAAGGCAGACAUCAGAGCUGGCGCGGACGGCCAGAGAAUAUCGUUUCUGAAAGCCUAUCUCAGCGACAGCUGAGUCAACAGCGGGAUGACAUGGUUCCCGAGUGUUCUCUAAAAGCGAAGGAAGAUAUAAUACAGGAGGAGAAUAUGGAUUGCUAG